UGUUGUUGUUGGGUGUAGAAUAUUGUUUUUCCAACUGUUUUUCUCUGUUCCGUACUCUUUUGCCCACGUUUUAGCGUAAGCUUUGUCGACCAGCGCAGUUCCCACGAUCAUGGCGGCGAAGGCCGACAAACCGAUGCUGUGGCAGCGCGGUGAGGUACUGGAGAUGCUGUGCAUCGUUCGGGCCAGCGGUAUAGAAUUCCUGAACGGCACACGCAGCAACCAAAACGGUGAACUGUUCCAACAUAUCGCGGAACGAAUGAAGGUUGUUGACCAAUUCGUUCACCGCGAUGCGGCGCAGAUCGAGAGGAAGUGGAAGGUGCUGAAGGGCGUUUACGACAGAAUCAAAAGCGACAAGCGAAAGCCGGCUUCACAAUUCGAGUUUUACACCGAGAUGGACGAGAUCUUUCAACUCGCUGUGAAGCGCAGCACGAUCGAUAUGGCCACCGUCCAGCUCAUGGGUGUGGAGUCGCUCGCUCCAGAAGCCUUCCUCACUAUCGCUGACCGUGUGCCUGUGGCCGAGGACACCGAGAACACCGAAGACGAGGUGAUCGACGAUACGGCUUUCGAGAUGGAAAUGGCGGAACGUGCCGCUCAACCGCGACGUACGACGAGGCCCAAGAAGCUGUCGCCCGAAAAUAGGCAAGAGCUUUUGGACAAGGUAGCCGAGAUGCAGAAAAAGCAUCAGCAGGAGUUUAAUAAGAAGCAAAUGGAAGUGAUCGAAACGGAGUUUGAGACUUUCCGGGCGAUGGAAAAGGACGUCUUGCUGCAGCUGAAGCUCGACAUGGAGGUGCUCAAAGAGAAGUGCCUCGAACGGAUUGUGGAGGUCGCGCGUGGCGAAUCGUCCGCGGCCGAUGUCCUGGAAGCGGUGAUGCCGGGAGCGAGUACGCUGAACUGCAAACGGCGCAAGACACACAGGAAACGUAAUUAACCGAAGGUUGUGUGAUGGACCGUGAACGUUUUGAAUUAAGCCAACAGACAUACCGCGCUACUACUUGUUUCUUUGAAACUAACAUCAUAUGCGUUCCUUGUGCUACAUGAACGUUGAGGGUUGAGACCGACCCCAUCGAUUGGUUGAACUGAUGAUAUAAUGAAAUACAACGCUACUGACAG